UCCCACCUAGACACGUUAGCGGACAUCAGCGCCUUUCGUUUUGUGGGGACGGCGUGUUCGCGCUUGCCUGCAUGCCCAGAAAGAGCCGCUUGGCAGCGAGCCUGUGGUCUCUUCUCCCUGUCUUCAGCUGCUGGGUUUUGUAUACGGCUGUUUAGUUGUGGUGUAUUCGAAAUCGCUCAUAAUAGGAUAUGAAAAAGAGCGAGGUGUGAGAGGGUUUUUUCCCUAAUGUAACACGCACAUCCCUUGUUUUGCAAGUUUCUGUGUUCAAAAUACGGUCCAGGCAGGACGGAAGCUGGCAAGUUAGUUGCAAGAGUAGGGAAUCUAAUCUUUGCUGGUAGUAGCAAGACAGAAGACGGUAGUUACAUGGCUUGGGGUCAAUGAAGCCACAUCUAACAAUUAGAAGCUGUAAUGGCGGACAUAAACCAUAUACUGAAAUCAUCACAAACUUUGACAGAUGCAAAAAGUGUCUCUGGUUCUGAAGGGAAGAACUUCCCUGUCAGCAAAUCCGUUGACUCUGUGAUACAGGCAGAUGAGAGUUACAGAAUGAAUCAUGCAGAAAUGGGGCUAUGUAUUUUGGUCAACAAUAAAAACUUCCAUCCUGCUACUGGGAUGGCAUAUCGAUCUGGUACAGAUGCAGAUGCUGCCCGUGUUGUAGAAACUUUCAGGACUUUGAGUUACACUGUCAAGCCAUAUAAUGAUCUUACAUGUAAACAGAUUAUUGAUAUUCUUCAGAAUGUUUCCAAAGAUGAUCACAGCAAGAAAAACAGCUUUGUCUGUGUCUUGUUAAGCCAUGGAGAGGAUGGCCUGAUCUAUGGUACAGAUGGCCCUUUGGAGCUAAAAAUACUAACAAGUCUAUUCAGAGGCGAUAGAUGCAAAACUUUGGCAGGAAAGCCAAAGCUUUUCUUUAUUCAGGCUUGUAGAGGAACCGAACUUGAUUCUGGAAUUGAAACAGACAGUGGUCCAGAUGAAAACAUCUGUCAGAAAAUACCUGUAGAAGCAGAUUUCUUAUAUGCAUAUUCCACUGCUCCUGGUUACUAUUCUUGGAGAAACUCAUCAGAUGGUUCCUGGUUUAUACAGUCACUGUGUGUGAUGCUGAAACAAUAUGCUAAACAACUUGAACUCAUGCAGAUUCUAACACGUGUAAAUCGCAAAGUUACAGAAUUCAGUUCUUAUUCAAACCGGCCAGACUUCCAUGGAAAAAAGCAAAUCCCCUGUAUUGUAUCCAUGCUCACAAAAGAUUUUUACUUUCCUCACUAAAGAAGCUUGCCUUAUGAUGUGAAAUCUAGCAGAAAAGAGAGCACCUGGUGCCAUUUUAAAAUCUGAGCGAGUGUUCAGUCUCUUGUGCCUAGGCAGCAUUAAAGAAGCUUUACAAUCUAGAGUUAAACAUUUCCACUACUGAAACUCCCACUACUGAAAACUGUGACUGUUUCAGGGUAACCUGAUUAGGUUUGGUACCAGUGCUGCAUCCCAAUCUUAAACAUACUUACCUGGAUGCAAACCUCAUUUUCAUAAUAGACUCCCCCCCCCCACCCAAGUGAAUAUCAUAACUUAGUGACUUAAAGACUAAACUGCUGGAUUUCUUAUGCAAUCAUGUUGCAGAAUCAAACUUUUGAGGGAUUUUGUCAACCGUUUGGAUGUCAAGUAGGCCAAAUGAAAGGCUUUCAGAGCACUUUGGCCAUCUUUGUAUACUAUUUAUAUGUUGGAGUUUUUGAGUUUAAAUAAAAGGGUAUUAAUAUCUUAAGUUAAAAAAGCACCUGCACCUUGUAGGUUUUCUUUUUACAUUUAAUAGAUAAUGAAGGCUGGUUGGAACCCUGGAUUCCUGACAGGAUCCAAAGCCUGCAGGGUUUUUGUUUUUCAUUUCAAAUUGCAAAUUCACUUUUUUAUACAAUUCUAGAUUUAGGGAUUUUGCACAUGUAGCGUUUUGUGCAUAGAAUAAAUUUAAAAUACUUGUAUUGAAAUUUGUGCUUCUUAAUUCAUAGCAAAUAUACACAAACGUGGUACGUGAAAAAUGUGGAUAGCUCCUGUGUCUUAGUUUUGACUUUGUGUAACAGCAUGUUGAAGAAUUCUAGAGUGGUAGAAGUUGUGUAUAGUAGAAUUUCACUUGAAUUUUGAAUUAGGCAGUUCUUGAGGCCCUUCUAGCUGACUUUUUUUUCUCCUUCAGGCACUCAUGAAAACUUGUAUGUGCUAGUUAUGUGCCAGUGAGGUCAUCUCCCCUCCCUGACACCUGAGUUUGAUCGCUUGCAAUGUUCAAGAUCAAGAAUGAAAAUAGUCUAUAUCACAACUAAGCUAGCUGUCUGUUUCUAUGUACUAUAGUUUUUCACCAUGAUUCAUAGUAGAGAUAAAGGGAUGGAUCCUACAAAUCAGUUCUACUAACAGUGAGGCCUUCCUCCCAUAUAAAGAGUGUGUUAAGCUGGAAGAGGUUCCUCAGUUAAUGAAAUGGAUUCGUAAGAUCUAACUUGGGAGUACAGAAAUAAGGCUUACAAAAGCCAGAGGAGGCUGGUUCUGUCCACAGUUGGUGUGUGGCUGGUUUGAAUGUCUAGCAGGACACAACCUCAGUCCAGCUGUCUCCACAAAGCAACACUGCCCAAGUCUCUGGGAAAGGCUAUUCAGCCGGCUGAGGAGCUUUCUGAAGUCGUACACCUCCAUCAUUCUGCCUGAGAGCUGAUUGGUAUUGUGAGUGUGCAAGCACAACAGUAAGCUUUCAACUGGUGUUACUUUAAAAAUGUUCAUACUUCUGAAUUAUGGCCAUCUCAGUACAUCAAUUAUACAGAGAACUAAAAAAAAACAUUGAACAUAUGAGCUUGAAAUCAUUAAUCUUUAGAAAAGACAUUUCCAACAUAUACAAGAAGCAAUGCCUGUAAUUUGACAGUAUCAUUUCAGAUUGAGUUUCCUUGAAAAAUUCUUUGUGGAUGUUUAACUUGCUCAUAUGUAAUAACAUGUUUGUGACUGUACUGUAACCUUCACAUGAGAACUUAAUAAAUCAUGUGCAUUGGCUUUUA